AACUGACUGCAUUUUAUGGCUACCGCUUGCCGAUUGAUGCAUAUAAAAGCGCUUGGGCUGGCUUUGGCGAAUAAGACAUCUGAGAUUCGCUGCAAUAUAAGGCAGUCACCGCGACAAGCCACUGCUGAUAUGCCAAAAAUCGGACUUGCAUUAGCAAUGCACAAUGAAAUCGCAACUCAACGGGAUACCAAGAUCAACAGAAAGCUUAAAGCCAGUAGUUCAACGAAAGCUUUAAGUGGAAAUAUUGAGGAGGAAGCUGCUGAACAUCAUGUGAGUAGCCAAGAUACGACGAAUUAUCUCUUUAAAGCUGCUUUCGGAAUGGGCCUAGUAAUGCCUUUGCGCUAUCAGGCACUAUACAUCAUUUAUGGGUUUUUGGUCAACUUCUUUACCACCUUCUAUUUUCCCAUUGGAUUUACCUUGAUAUUGUUCACCUUGCCAGACGAUGUCAACGUUAGCAAUCUGCUAACUUCACUGCAGGUCACAUUUGACGUAUACGGGGGUACGGCAAAAAUCAUCAUAAUGAAGUUUGUAUUGGAAAAACUGCGUGCAACACAAAUACUCACGCAGCGACUUGAUAAGCGUUGCCGUGCAUCGGAUGAAGUCGAGGAGCUGCGACAAAUGGUACGGUUUGGUAAAAAGGUCGUUAUUUUUUACUUGACCAUCUUUCUGUGCUACUCGGCCAGCACAUUUCUGGCCUCGGUUUCUUCGGGAUAUCCCCCGUAUUCGUUAUAUUUUCCCUUUCUCAAAUGGCGACGCUCCCGCACGGAGUUUAUAAUUGCGUCAUUACUUGAAUUCAUUAUAAUGGACUUCGCUUGCCUGCAACAAACUGUAAACGAUGGCUAUCCCGUCAUCUACAUUAACAUGUUGCGCUGUCACAUGAAAAUUUUGCAGUUUCGUGUGGAGAAACUGGGUACUAAUCCAACGCUAACGAAGGUAGAACAUCUCAGUGAAUUGAAAUUGUGCAUCAAGGACCAUCAAUUGUUGAUUGAGCUCUACGACACUAUAGCGCCCAUCAUCUCAAUAACGCUUUUCAUACAAUUCGCGCUCUCGGCCGUGUGUAUUGGGACAGCACUGAUCAACAUUGUUAUCUUUGCGAAUGAGUUCCAAACACAAGUGGCCUGCGGCUUCUUCAUACUGGCAGUGCUGAUAGAGAUUUACCCAGCUUGCUACUUCUCCCAGUGCCUUAUCAAUGAGAGUGACAAAUUGGCGGACGUGAUUUUCCACUCGAAUUGGAUUGAACAAAGCCCAGAGUAUCGCAAACUAAUGAUUUUCUUCUUGCAACGCUCACAACGUCCCAUGUUUCUGACCGCUGGGAAACUGUUUCCCGUCACGCUAAGCAGUUUUGUCAGUAUUGCAAAGUUCUCUUUCUCCCUUUACACUUUCAUCGAAAAAAUGAAUUUGAAGGAACGAUUCGGGAUCGAGUGAAGAGAUCAUUCAGUAAGCCUAACAGUAGCCCUGGCAACCUUGUUUAACACAGUAAGAGAUUACUAUUACCGCACCUAAAUAUGGAUAUCACGAAGUCUUAUCGCUUCAAUUGAAUUCACUGGAUCUAACAUAUUUCUUAUCCAUCUAUAACACAAGCUCCAAUAAAUCUUAGUGCACAAAGGA